AUGAGCAUGGACGCCUCGGGGUUGGAAACAAAUGAGGUUGCGACUGAAGACCCAGAGGAAGAUGAGGAAGAUGUUUUCGACGUACUUGGUCUGAAAGACGAUAUUGAUGAAGAGGGUGUUAUUGUUGCCGCUGCUGCCGCUAAUGAUAAGGUUAACGAUGUCAAUGGAGACGGAGUGGCAGGCAAACGUGAUAAUGAAACAGAACUUGUCGGAAGAAUGGUUGAAUUCAAGCAAGCAGAAGUAUUAAUGGGUGUGGAAAAUGAAGAGGAUCCAAAGACAAAGCAAGUUGGUACCGACAGACAGCAUGGUGAAAAUUGA